AAGCUGACUGUAGGACGAUGGCGGUGAUGGAGGAGCUUCGCUGAAUUCGCUCCUCCUGUUUUUCUCCUUUCCCCCCAUCCGUUCUUCUCUUUCUAGCUCAGUAAAGACGAUAAACCAGCGCCGCCGGUUUGAUCGAACCUUCUCCACCUCCCUCCGUCUCCUGAGCCGAGACCAAGAUGGGGAACGAAGCGAGUAUGGAGGGCGGCGGGCAGCCCGGAGAGCCGGGAACCGCCGGGAUGAUGGGGUCGGUGAUGGCCGGAGGACCCGCAGCGGGACCGGGGACAGGACAGCAGAUGAAACCGGUUAACGGAGCCGCUGCCGGUGGAGGGAUGGGAGUCGGAGGCCCCGGGAUGGGAAUGACAAGGGGUCCAAUGGGUCCGAUGGGCAGCCCCAAACCAAGCAUACAACAGGGAGGUGGAGGAAUGGGAGGUAUGGGAGGAAUGGGAGGAGGUGGAAUAUGUGCAGGCAUGGGUGUUGGUGGAGGACUAGGAUCCAGAGGUGGAGAACCCUACCGCCUGGCCACUCAUGAGAGCCCAACUUCCCCACGACAUAUGCAGUCUGUCCAGGGCUCGGGUGUGACGCAGGGGGCGGGCUCCAGCCCCGGCAUGGGGCACGGUUCAGUGGGUCCCACCGUAAGAGGCCAUGGAGGUCAAAGUCCUGGUCAGCAUGCGUCCCGUCGAAACCUCCAAGUUGACUUCUCCAGUUCGGGUGGAUCCAGAACAGGCAGGUCUCCCUCUGUAUCUCCUGACCAUGGUGUGACACCCACCUCACCCUACUCGGUGCCCCAGAUCGCACCAAUGCCGAGCAGCAAACUGUGCCCAGUGUGCACCACCACAGAGCUCUCCAACCCCCCGGCUGUACCAAACUACAACACCUGCACCCAGUGUAAAGCCACCGUCUGCAACCAGUGUGGAUUCAACCCCAACCCGCACCUCACUGAGGUGCAGGAAUGGUUGUGUCUGAACUGUCAGAUGCAGAGGGCUCUUGGCAUUGACAUGACCACACCUCGCUCAAAGAGCCAACAGCAGAUCCACUCUCCAUCCCACCAAGCUAAACCCAUUGUCCAGCCUCAGCAGCCUGCACCUCAGCCAGCACAACCGGCAGCAAAAGUGCAGCCCGUACAUUUGGCACAGAGUCAGCCCACCCUGCAGCAGCAACAACAGCAACCACAAGCUCAACCCUACAGUCAAGCUCAACCCUACUCCAAGUCUCAGUCAUACAUCCAGUCUCAACACUAUCCACAGUCCCAGCCAGAGCAGUACCCUCCAUCACAGCCAGGGCUUCAGACUCAGCCUCAUGCACCCAUAGGCCUUCAGCCUCAUCCCCAACAGUACCCUCAGUCACAACCUGCGUUCCAGGCCCAGCCUCACUCUUCUCCGGACCUUCAGAGACAUCCAGGUCCUGGAGGCCUCCAGCGGCAGACAGGGCCUUCUCAGCAGGGGAUGAGGUCUGACCAAUAUUCACAGAAAAGUCCUGGAAUUCAAGGAGCAGUUGGAGGUCCUGGAGGAGGUGCCACUCAGCCUGGAGGCCCACGGAUUCCUCAUCCUGGUGCUGUACCCCUUCCUGGCUUGACGAAGGCGCCUUCCCAGCCUGAGCUGGGUCGUGGGUCUCCAAUGCACCAGUCUACAACAUGGCAUCAUGAGCAGACCAGAAGCGCUGGCUCAUCUCCAGCCCACAAGCCUCAGAGUCAUGGCCUUCCACCAGCUCAGGAUGGUCUGACAAAACUCUUUGGCUUUGGAGCAUCGCUGCUCAACCAGGCUAGUACUCUUAUAAAUGUAGAGCCCCUGUCCACAGCCUCUACACAGCCAAGUACUGCAAAAGGCAAGGUGGUCUUCAGUAAUGCAACUCCUGACAGCAGGCAGCAGCAACAACAAGGGGCACCUGGCACCAAACUGUUUGGAAUGGCAGGCACCCAUCCUCCAACGCAAAUGGGGAGCACUCGCACACCAAGUCAAAUGGGGGGCCCUAAUGCACAGAGCCAAAUGGGGGAUGCUCAAGUACCAAGCCAAAUGGGGGGCUCACAUCUACAAAGCCAAAUGGGGGUUUCACAACAUGUUUCAAGCCAAAUAGGAGCUCACCAAAUGGGUGGCCCUCAUCCACCCUCCCAGAAACAACAGCAGCCUCCCAUGCCCCACCAACAAGUAGGGGUGCCCCAACAGCAGCCCCUCGCACAUCAUCAAAAAAGGCCACAACAACAAGGACAACAAUAUCAACAAACAUCCCAGCAACCCCAAAAAGCCCUACAGAAGCAGGAGCCCAUGGUGGCCCCUGUGGUUGCUCCAGAGUCCGAGAAGCCAAAAGUGAACUGUCCUCUCUGUAAAACAGAGCUGAAUAUCGGCAGCGCCGACCCGCCAAAUUACAAUACCUGCACACAGUGUCACAGCCACGUGUGUAAUCUGUGUGGAUUCAACCCAACACCACAUCUGGUGGAGAAGAAAGAAUGGUUAUGUCUCAACUGCCAAACCCAGAGGCUGAUGGCCGGAGAGGGUCUUGAUGAACCCCCACUUCCUGUUCUUCAUCCAUCUCCCAAGCACCAGCCAAUGGGUUCGCCCCGUCACCAGGCUCCACCCAGUCAACAAAGUCCCCUCCACAAAGCCACCACUCAACAAGGGCCUAAGCCAACACAGCCCCAAACGCAGAAACCACAGCCCGGUCUGGGCACAACUGGACCAUUUGCACCUGUCAAACAGCCAACAGACACCAAGACCACAACACCAACUCCGGCUCCAGCACCGGCCCCCGAGACUCUGAAACAGUCCAAACCCACAGAAGACAAGCCCAAGAUUGAGCCAGAGACCCAAACUCCUAAAGAGACCAAACCCUCCCAGAGGAAAGGGGAGGCAGAUCAUCCAAACAAGGACAUCAAGAAGUCCAGACACUAUGAUGACACAAAGAAUAACAGUAGCCAUGACUUGUCACGCAGCCCUCAGAGUCUUAGCGACACCGGAUACUCUUCUGAUGGCAUCUCCAGUUCACACAGUGAAAUCACAGGUCUAAUCCAAGAAGAGGAGAUGAAGCUAAGUGAGAGGGGGAUCAGUGGGCGAGGAUCCCCACCAAGUCCGUCUGAAAUUAUCAAGUUAGAAAGCUCCAUGAGGCCUUUGUUGGAGAAAAGCUUCUCCGAAGAGAAGGCGGACAGAAGAGGGAGGAAGCACAGAGACAGGGACUUGGAUGACAGAGGAAAGCAGCGCCCACGCUCCUUGUCAAUCCCACCAGAUGCAUAUGACUCUGAUGAGGAAUUAGAGGAUAUACUGGAGGAAGAAGAAGAUGGAGGAGAGUGGGAGGGUAAACGUAAAGAAGGAAAGGAGGAGAAGAAGAAGAAGGAAAAAGAGGGUGAGCCCACAGAGAUGACUGAUGAGGAGUUCAUGAGGAGGCAGAUAAUGGAGAUGAGUGCUGAUGAAGACAAUGAGGAAGAUGAGGAGGAAGAGAUGGAGGAAGAAGAAGAUGAGGAAGAUGAAGGAUAUGGCUACCAGAAACCAAAAAAAAGCUACCAUAAACACAUAAUCUCUGAUUCUGCCAAAGACAAGAGACGCUUUCAGCAUCACUCCAGCAGUUUUGAGGAGGAAACUAAGAGUUCUACAGGAGUUUACAAAGGAUCAGUGGAGGAGGGUGAAGAUGUUAUGGCAUCACAAGGAGGGCUGAGGCGCUUCAAGACUAUUGAACUCAACAACACCAAUAGCUACAGUCGAGACAUAGAGCUGAGCAAUGAAAAUGACUUGAGCCUUGAUCGGGAACCAGAACUAGAGAUGGAGAGCCUGACUGGAUCACCCGAGGAGCGCUCCAGAGGUGAUUACUCCUCUACUCUACCGCCAACAUCAUCAUCAUAUGGCUCAGGCCAGUCUCCCACAUCUAUCUCUUCAAUGGAGGAGGACAGUGACAGCAGCCCCAGCAGGAGGCAAAGACUGGAAGAGGCAAAGCAGCAGAGGAAAGCACGCCAUCGUUCCCAUGGCCCUCUCCUCCCCACCAUUGAGGACUCUUCUGAGGAGGAGGAGCUGAGAGAGGAAGAGGAGCUUCUGAGGGAGCAGGAAAAGAUGAGGGAGGUUGAGCAACAGAGAAUAAGGAGUACGGCUCGAAAGACCAAGAGGGAUAAAGAGGAAUUGCGAGCUCAAAGGCGGAGGGAAAGGUCCAAGACACCACCAAGCAACCUCUCGCCCAUUGAAGACGCCUCUCCGACAGAAGAGCUGAGGCAAGCUGCAGAAAUGGAAGAGCUCCAUCGUUCUUCUGCUUCUGAAUAUUCUCCUCAGAGUCUGGACUCAGAAGCAGAAGGAUAUGAGUCCAAAAUCUACAAGUCGGGCAGUGAGUACAAUCUGCCGACCUUUAUGUCACUGUACUCGCCUAUAGAGAAAUCAUCAACCACAACAACCACCACAGUAUCAUCAUCAAUUUCUAAACCCCUGAAGAGUGCUGAAGAGGUGUAUGAGGAGAUGAUGAGGAAGGCAGAAAUGCUAAGAAAACAACAAAAACAACAACAGCAGCAACAUGGACGACAUGGCCAUUACUAUGAAGAGGAUGUUAAUGGCCAAGGUUAUGAUGAUGACUAUGAAUAUGAUCAAGACCAGACAGGAUAUGAUAAUGAGGCAGGAGAAACAGAUAUUGGAACAGAUAUUUAUGAGGAGAUCCGCCAAACAUCUCAGAACAUCACUAAGAUGCAGCAGGCCACUGAUGAGCAAGUAGAAAUUGAAAUUGAAAGUGCCUUCCCAGAGAAACACCUCCUCGACACAGGUUCAGCAUUUGCUAAACUGCUAGAGCAAAGCAAUGCUCUCCUAACUCCAGGGACCAGCCCCACCCAGAGCUCAGCUCCAGUCUCUUUUGCUGAGACUGGUGGACGAGUUCCUGAUGUACGGGUAACACAACACGUCUCCGCAAAGGAAGGGCAUAAAGACAGGAUCAAAAGUCAGGCCAGGAAAAAUGGAAUAACACCAACUGUGGCUGCUACAACCAUUGCAGCUUAUGGAGUUUAUGCUAGAGAUGCAGUCACUAUUUCACAGACCAGUUCAAGCCACACUGUGACAUCUACUCAAUCUGGACUAUAUGGCCGGCACACAGGAAGCCCUGCCACAUCUUCAACCACAGUUUCAAGUGUUUGCAGUAAGAUUGCUGAAAUUACCCAGGCCUAUAGUCAAAGGGAGGUGAUGACUAGAAGGGUAGGAGAGACCAGGGGUGUCCAAGCACGAGAAAGCUCAUCAUCUUCAACAGAAAGAAUUAUUGAGCCACGCUCUCCGAAGUAUACAACAUAUUACAGGAGCACCAGUCCUCCUCUUUCACCUUCGCCACCACUGCAGAGUCCCACCCGUUCACCCUCCAGAAGGGCUACAGUUGAGUUCUCUACCCAGACUUUAAACUCAGGAUUACGAAUGGAGACAGCGGGCUCUGUGCCUACAUCUCCUGUAAUGGCACAAGGAACACAAACAUCUCAUCGAUCAGUUUCUCCACGUUUGUACCGGCAGCAGUCUUCCCAGGAUGCUCCAUACUCUCCUCCACCAAGCCCAGCGAGACCAGUUACAGUCAAUACUGCUACUUCUCCCCUGUCUUCACCGACUCGAUUCAGCCGGCAAUCAACAUUUGAUACUUAUUCACCAUGUGGCAGCCCCCCAGACACUCCACCCUACCAACAGUCUCCUACACGGAGCUUCUAUCGAACCCAAAGGGUGGAGAAGGUGAAUGUCGGAACCAGUAUGGUCACCACAACUAGUACUUAUACCAGAGGUUCUGUGUCAAUGGAUAAUAUCUCCCUCUGUCGUAUAUCUACUGUACCAGGCACUUCUAGGGUAGAACAGGGCCAGAUGAUCCAAGGGAGAAGUGUUGUGGACCUUAGAACAGCCAGCAAAUCAGCACCAAUAAUUAUAACUGAUCAAGGCAUGGAUCUAACCUCCCUGGCCACUGAAAGCAGGAAAUACCUUGGUGGGUCAGAGAGUAGCAGACAUUCAACAAUUAUACAGCCACUAGUUAUGAAUCUGAAUGCCCAGGAAACACCCACACCAAACACUGUGAGUGUCACUGUGGCUGCUUCCAUGUUCAUUGCCCAGCCGAAACAGCCAACAGUAUAUGGAGAUCCCUAUCAAACCCGAGUAGAUCUGGGCCAGGGCAUGGGUUCAGCUGUGUGUCUUUCCCAGAGCAAACCGCCAAUUUCACCCCCAACUGAUCCAUCAAUACCAAAAAUUGAUGCCAAACUAGAAGAUCUCAGUAUACAACAGAAGGAACUACAAAAACAGCAAGAGAAGCUGCAAAAGCAGCAAGAACUGCUUGAACAGCAGCUGCAGCAACACCAUCAACUGCAGCAGCAGCAACAGGCAUCUGCUUUGGGCAGGUACAAUCUUACCCCCCAAAUCUCACCUUUACUGAAAAAAGACUUGCUAGUAAGCCAGACUACUACUUCUCCAGCUGUGGUGAGUGCUGUGUCCCCAGUUAUUAACCCUGAGCUGUAUGCAACUGGUCCAACUGAGCUGAAAGGGAAAGUGAGUCCUUCUGGUAUAAUGAGCCUGUCAGGGAGUAAAUCACCUCAUAGCAUGAUAGUACAAAUGGACAGUGGGACAGAACAGGCCAGGACAGUGACUCAGCUAGUAAAAGUAGAGGAAGGACAAGAUGCUAUGGAUCUCACUGGUAGCCAGAUUAAAGCAGACAGCCAGCUAGCUUGCUGUGAUGUUGUUUACCGACUUCCAUUUGGUGGAAGCUGUGUUGGUGGUCCUGAGAAAGAGGGCAUAAGGCCACCUUCUGCCCCACCCUUCACCUAUGAUUCUGACCAAGAAAGGCCACAGGCCAGGUACCAUGAGUAUCCACCGGAUGGACGGAAGGCCUAUACACUGCCUUUUCCUGGCAGACUCCAGCCUUCAAUGUCAGAUACAAACUUGGCUGAUGUUGGACUACAGUCCUACCAUUCCAGGAUAGACCCACACACCCAAGCCUCAGGAGAUCCUGGUGUGGAUCUGACUGCGAUGAGACAUGGCUAUGGUGCAGGAUAUAUGGGAAUGCAGUAUGGCUCCUAUACAGAUUUACGGCAUGGAGGAGACAUCGCAGCCCAAACACUACCUAUAAGAAGAUAUAAUUCUUUGUCUAAUAUCAGUUCAGAUUAUGGAUACACUGCACGAGAGAUAACAAGUUUUCAUGAAGCCAACUUGGCUCAGUACAGUGCCACAACGGCCCGUGAGAUCAGUCGGAUGUGUGCAGCCCUCAAUUCUAUGGAUCGGUAUGGAAGCAACCCAGAUUUAAUGCACUUUGGCAGUUUUGGAAGAGGAGCUGGACCUGGUACAUCAAGAUUUGCUGCAGGUUUAGGGAUACGACAAAAUCUUCUCUUUGGAGCAGAUGGUAAGACCAUGUCCCACAGUCAAGCACUAACUAACCUUAUUAAUGCCAGACAGGCCAGUCUCAGAGCCAUGUUCCCUGCAGCUAUCAGGUCCUCUGAUGGGAUGAUCUACUCCACAAUCCAGACCCCAAUUGCAUCUACAGUUCCCAUCACCACCCAGCCUGCUUCUGUUCUUUGCCCACUACUGAGAGGGGUCUAUAGACCAUACCCUUCUGCCAACAUGACACCUGUGCCUCUAUCAAGUCUUAGCAGAUUGCCAGUGAGUCCCAGAAUGCCUUUAUCUGGACAAGCUCCAGUCCGUUAUCCAACACCAGGUCUUUUGCAGACAACAUCUACCACUGACACAACAGCUGCUGUGACAACGUCAGCACCAAUAAGUGCCCUGGUGUCUGUUUCUAUGCCAACAACCUUCGCAGUCCAAGAUGAACCGGUCUACCUUGGUAAAGGUGCUACUGUGACCUCAUCAGCUGAGGUCCCUUCAACACAAGCGACAGUUGUCAUACCAACAGAGCCUCAACAGCAACCAAUAAAUCUGUCGCAGGCACACCUGAACAGUCAACAGCAACAACACAAGCAAGUGAUGACCACUCAGCAGCCAUCACAGCCUCCCCCAGCAGCCCAUGCCUAUCCACCUUCUGCUCCUUCACACACCCAUGGCUACACCCAACCUUCAGUAGGUGCUGCAGUUCCCACCUGUGGAUUGCCUGCUGCAGGGGGUCUUCCUCCCUUCCCUCCACCAGGUGCCAUACACAAGGAGGGUGAAACCGAAGCAGAGAGGCUGCACCGGCAGCAGGAGCAGCUUCUGCACAUGGAAAGAGAACGUGUGGAGUUGGAGAAACUCAGGCAAAUGCGUCUGCAGGAGGAACUGGAAAGAGAAAGAAUAGAGCUGAAGCUGCACAGGGAGAAGGAGCAGAUGCUGGUGCAGAGAGAACUGCAGGAGCUGCAAAACAUCAAAGAUCAGGUUCUACAGCAACAGCAGCAAGAGCGGGAGAAACAGCUGGUACUGCAGAGGGAGCAGCUGGCCCAGCAGAAGUCCCAGCUCGACCAGAUCCAGUCCUUACAGCACCAGCUCCAGCAGCAGCUCGUGGAGCAAAAGAGGCAAAAAACUGUCGUGGCUGCUGGCGCCGUCACCCACAGUGUGCAGCUGGAUGUGAGCGGCCAGCCUCUGCACCCCUAUGUUGACUCUCAGAUGGGCUCCCGCUCGCUCCCCACCUCCUCAUCAGACAUUUGUUUGAGAAGCCAGGAGGAGCACGUAGAGACCAGGAGCAGCAUGAGGAAACACAGCUCCAUGACUCGGCUGAGCAGGGACGGCGUUGAUGGAGACAGUGUGAUGUUCUACGGCUCCCACCGCAGAAUCAUGGACAGCUGUGUGCAGACGGAUGAUGAAGACGGAGAAGAAAGAUACAUGAUGCGCCCCCGCACAAGGAGACGUGGUCGUAGCGUUGACUGCUCUGUCCAGACAGACGAUGAUGAAGACAAAGCUGAGACCGAACAGCCAGUACGGCGAAGACGUUCACGGUACUCCCGACACUCAGAGUCCAGUGGAACUGGCAGCAGUACUGUCACCACGACUGCUGCAACUACUGACACCAAAACCGACACCCCCAAAAUGGUAUCCUCUAGUAUCGCCAUCCAAACCAUUAGGGAGAUAUCCUGCCAGACAGAAGUGGAGCACCUAGGAAGAGUCUCUCCAGCAAUCCAUGUUACAGUACCAGACCCAAGUAAAGUUGAGAUUGUACACUACAUCUCUGGACCAGAAAGGACUCAAAAAGGGCAAUCUCUUGCAUGCCAGACUGACCCAGAGGUCCAGUCCCAAGGCAUAGUGGCACCCCAGCUCAGCGUGCCAACUACAGUCAGCCCUUAUUCUUCCUCCACUGGUACUGGAGCUCAACAGUCAAGUUCUGCCAGCCUCUUAAACCAGCAACGCCAGCAGCAGAUUGCAGCAAAUGCAGCCAAGUUUGACCGACACCGUCCUGACCCACUUGACAUUGAUUACCAGCCUCACAAUCACUUGCACAAUGAGUCCAUCUCUAGUAUCAUCCGCCACCAGCAAGCAACUCCCAAAUCUCCACAAGUUCUUUACUCUCCAGUUUCCCCAGUAUCCCCUCACUGCCUGCUGGAGACUUCCUUGUCCAGUGAAAGGCUGAACAAGGCCCAUAUCACCCCUCAACAAAAGUCCUAUACAGCUGAAUCCCCCCACCGCCAUCCGUCUGUACCACGACCCAUCAAGAGCACCCAAAGAUCCAUGUCAGACCCCAAGCCCCUCAGCCCCACCACCGAUGAGCACACCAAGGCCAGGUUGUCCUUGUAUCAACAGCAAGCACUCCAGAACCAGCUGGCAGCCCUACAGCAGAGCUCCUUGCUCCGCAAGGUAAAGCGGACCCUGCCCAGCCCUCCUCCAGAUGAGACUACCUCAGCUCACCUGCCCAUGAUGACGCCUGCCCUCCAACAGGUCUACCUGCCCUCUGUGCCCAGCCUCAAGCCCAGCUCCAGGUCCGGUCUGGCUGCCAAAGCCAGCCUCCUCAAAGACCUCACCCAUGAGCUCAAAGCAGUUGAGCAAGAGUCGACCAAGCUCCGGAAGCAGCAAGCUGAACUGGAGGAGGAAGAGAAAGAAAUUGAUGCAAAACUGAGAUAUUUGGAGCUGGGGAUCCACCAAAGGAAAGAGACCCUGGUUAAGGAGAGAGAGAGGAGGGAUAUUGCUUACUUGAGGUGUAUGGGGGAUACCAGGGACUACAUGUCUGAUAGUGAGUUGAAUAACUUACGAUUAGCAGCUGCAGCUGCAUCACAUGAGACCAAUGGGCUACUGACCACAAGGCCAAGCACUGCCCCGCUCAGUCAAUUUGCCAGUGAUCUCAACACAGCAGCACAGUACCCACCCACUUCAUCCUUCCACUCCUGUCAGUAUCCGCAGAGCCAGCCAGUGCCACCAACUCAACAGUCCAAUGCACCAUACCAGUCCUCAACUUUCAGUCAGCCUCCUUAUCCCACAGUGUCUCAGUCCCAGGCAUUGCCGCAGCCCACACCUCUCCAGAGCCACGCUCCACCUCCAGGAUCAUCCUAUCAGUCUCAAACCUCCUACCCUUCCCACAUUUACCCUCAAACUCAGCCCCCAUACCCCCAGACAGACAUAGGAUUAGCAGGUGCACCUCAGCCCCAGCCAGGGCACACUGGUUUUGCCCCUGCACCACCUGGUCAGCCCCCAUACCCCACCCAUAGCUCACCUUAUCCCAGUGCUGUGUCCUCCUACUCAAGCCAAACCACUCCAUAUCCUGGACAGCCCCAAGCAGAAAUCUUGACAAUCCAUCCAGGGAGGCCCAGGCAGACAUCACUAGCUGAUCUUGAGCACAAGAUGCCCACCAACUAUGAGACUAUCAGCAACCCUACAGUAGUGGUCACCACCAUGGCCCAGGAUGCCACGUAUUCCAGUGCAGCCCCUUGUUACGGCCAGUACACUGGAGCAACAACUAUGGCCAGCUCUUAUGGACUCUAUGGCUCAGCACCAGUAUCAAGCUAUGGCAGUUACUCCUCCAUACCAUCCAGUACUUAUGGCCAGUACACUUCAGCUUCAGCUAGUUCAUAUGGCCAGUACACUACAACCACUGCAAAUACAUAUGGUUACACCACCACCACAGCCAGUUCUUAUGGACAGUACACUUCCACAGUUUCCAAUGCAUAUGGACUUAACGUAGACAGCCCUUCCACCUACAGCACAGCUGAUGGGAUGUACGGGGUGCCUGGUUUAGAGCAAAAUAUCCCAAGGAACUACAUGAUGAUUGAUGACGUGAGUGAGCUGACGGCAAAAGAUGGGCUGGGCACAACAACAGGGGACAUGAUGCAUCAUGGCGGCAGUGGGCGUUACCUGGGUGACAUCCAUGGCCACAGCAGCACCACUGGCAGCGCAGCACGUGGGGGAACCUGCGGCUCCUCAUACAGCAGGACAGCAGAGGAAGAAGCAGCGAUGCAGGAAGAGCUGUACGACCACCAUGGCAGGGGUAAGAGCAGCUACAGGCACGGACCACUAGGGGGCAGCAGCAGCAGUGUGAGCACUAGCCUGGGUGGGGGAUCCCCCUAUUUCUAUGACUACGACUACAAACAUGGCAGCAUUCGCUCUGGGGUACAGAAACCAUUGUCUGCAAGAAGCCUUCUGGCUCCUGCUGUCAUUUCCUCCAAGCGCAGCAAGCACAGGAAACUGGGGAGCAUGGAGCAGAAAAUCUCUAAGUUUUCCCCCAUUGAGGAGGCUCGGGAUGUUGAGGCAGACCUGGCCUCCUAUUCCUCUGCAGCUAGCGGGGCUUAUGCUUCCUCCAACAUUCGAGGGCGCCAGUUGAUUGAAGACUAUGGCUUUAAGAGGAGUACUUUCGAGGGCACUAGUGGCAGCACACAUGGUAGCCGUUACUAUGGUAUGGUGAUGGAUGAUGAUGAUCGGAUUUAUUACACCUCAACCGGCCGCUCCCGUUCCACUGGCUAUGGCAUGGACAAGAUCUCAGCCAGGGACUACGCUGGCUACCGCAGCAGAUCCUAUGAGAGAGACGACCGCGCCUACCGCUCUGGCUACAGCCGGGGGCGUCACCCAACCCGGCAGUACUCUGAGGAGGAGAGCCUAAUGAGUCCUUUGGGAAAAUUCAUGGGUUCUGGACGAUCAUCGAGCUUAGGUCCCGAUCCAUAUGACAGUCGCAGCAGUAGAUAUCAUUACUAUUACGGCAAUUGCGGUUCCAGCCACUCGCUGCCAGACGUACAAGACCACAUACGGGACCUUCCCCGGACACACGUCUACAAAUCGGAUGAUACAUAUGUUAUAGAUGAUUAUCAUUGCGCUGUGUCAGACAGUGAAGCCUACCAUCUGGGCCAGGAAGAGACCGACUGGUUUGAGAAGCCGCGCUCCAGUUCUCGUCACUACGGCAGCAGCCACUCAUCUGGGAGGAGCCGCCACGCUGUCAAACACACCUACCAUGAUUAUGAUGACCCUCCUGAGGAGGACCUCUGGCCCCAGGAUGACUACGGUCAUGGAGGGCGACACUCCUCGUCCCGUGAUCACCGGCACCAUGGAGGCUCCAGCCGGCACUCGUCCUCCUCACGUCACACAGAUGAACAGAGGUCCUCUAGGUCAUCCAAGGGGCACCUCAAAGACCCAUCGAUGCGCCAUGAUCCUUCAGGAUGCUCUUUAUCUUCAGGAAGACGUGGCGAAUCACGGUCAGGAGGGUACCACACGUCGGAUUACUCCAGGGAUCCCUCCAUGCACCACCACAGCCAGCGCUCCUCCAGACAGGGAGAUCCUCAUCGGUCGUCACGCAGCAAGUCUCAACAAUCCGUUGACCUGCAGGGCCAACCAGGCUCCUCCAGGUCAGGCAGCAGCUCGGCACGAGGGCAGGGUCCCGCUGGAGGCCCUCAAGGAUCAGGACGACAGGGUGGUUCAAACUCACAGACAGACGGAGCUCCAGGACAGCGGACCCAACUCCAACAGCAAACCCAGUCAUCAGCGGCUCGGCCCGGGCAGCCCGGGGUGGUGACGUCCACCAGCCCCCAACAACAGCAGCCAGCAGCUCAGGGUCAAGGUGUGGGCAUGGGGGUCGGCCAGGCCAAGCCGGGACAGAUGGGCCCGGCUGGUGGCACUGCAGGGCUGUCCAAGCAGGCAGGUCCAGCAGGACUUACACCAGCCCCCAUGAGCAAGAUUGACAUUCCUCCAGUGACAGCCAUUGGAGCAAAGGCAGCACCAAUGAUGGCGAAAACCGCCCAGCCCCCCCUAACAGGCAUAGGCUCCAAAGCAGCUCCGAGGCCAGGUGGGAUCGGCAGCGCCACAGCAGGUCAGCCUGGUAUGGAGGGAGACAGCAUGUUGUCCAAAAUCCUGCCUGGAGGAGCUGCUGAACAGGCCGGGAAACUGGGAGAAGCUAUCUCCGGUUUUGGCAAGAAGUUCACCUCUUUAUUCUGAGCUGCUAACAUUAAGGACUGUGUAAUUGUCUAACAAUGAAAAUCACGAGACGUUGUACCAGAAAAACCUGUGAAGUUCCCCCUGCUUUUGUUUUACUAAAAGAGAGAGGAAGGAGAGAGAGAGAGAGAGAGAGAGCGAGAGAGAGAGAGAGAGAGAGAAGGACACGGGAUGAAGAGAGCUGAGCAUGCUGAUCGUUCAAAAGACUUCACCCAGCACCCACAGCUCAAAAAACUGAGCUCAUCCUGGUCCUGAAAACCAACCUGUAGCAGUGAGAUGGGCUUUACUCAACAAGAGAA